CGCUUUUUGGCGCGAGGGGCCUUUGUAUUCGUCCUCGGACGGCGGCUGGCGAGGGUCAUUCCGCUUUUGAAGGCCGAGGCGUCGUCUCGAUGGACUCCUCCGCCGGGCUCCCUCCGGCCAGGGCUUCCCACCGCCGGCGCCUCCUCCUGAGCGACCAGCCCGGCCUCCGGAGCUCCCCCGACCUCCCUAGGAAGGGCCCGCCCGCAGGAAGUUCAGUUGAAAGCUGCUUGCAAACGCUGGACGCAAAGAAUGUCAACCUCCAAAGGACCUCCUCUUCUGAGUCUACAGAUUCAGGAUGCUGUAUGGAUUCACCAGUUCUCCUUGGCAUGAAAGACUUGGACGAUGAAACUUUUCGACUGCCUAUGCGAAGAAUGUUUUCCCUCCCGCACAGCCUUCUGGGAUGCAGCCCUGCCCUCAAAAGAGGCCUGGAUUUCCUCGGAUGUGACGCCUUCCAGGCCUGUGGCCCCGACGAGAACAAGGAGAACGUGAGUCCAUUUGCGAGCCUUUUCGAAUUCAAGAAGCCGUCACAGCCCGUUUCUCGCAGCUGCCUCCGGACCUCUCCCAUCAAGGAUGAAAAGGAUGCUUCAGAGCUGAGGCAGAAAUUUGAUACUGAAUUUGUGUUUCCUAGUGAGGAAGUUCCUGGAAAAGACCCUGGAAGCUUCAACCCGGCCUUUCAGAGACGGCGUUCCCAAAAGUUCACCGAGGCGGAGGAGGAUGAGGACGACGGAUUCUUAGAGAUCAUGGAUGGUCCGGAUGCCAGCAACAACAAAGAGAGGCCUUCGGACGUGGCGAGUCUUUGGACGGCCCCCUUAGUGAUGAAGAACGGAGAGGGCACCCAUAGCAAACGCUGUCGCUUGAUGGGCACGGAGCGCCAGCCGUUCAACAUGGCCAGGAUGGCCCUGAAGAGGAUGGAGAGGCCCCAAGAAGACGCUUCGCCCUGUUUCAGCAAAAGGAUGAAGAAUGUAUGCGGAGCGCCUUCCGCCGAACUAACGAGCCUGGUCCUGGGUGGAGCGCAUUCCUCGUCCUCAUCGUCAUCGUCCUCAUCAUCAUCAUCAGCUGAGAUAGAGAGCCUUUUGGAUAGUGACCCAAGGGACCUCGUUGGAGACUUUUCAAAGGGCUACCUUUUCAAAACGGUCAGCGGCAAACAUCAAGACCUGAAGUACAUUGACCCAGAAAUGAUUGUGGCUGUGCUGAAUGGGAAGUUUUCAGGGGACAUUAAGGACUGCGUGAUCAUCGACUGCAGAUAUCCCUAUGAGUACGAAGGAGGCCAUAUUAAGGGAGCCGUGAAUCUCCACAUGGAAGAAGACGUGGAGAACUUCCUGCUGAAGGAGCCCAUGGUGUCCUCGGGCGACAAGCGGAUCAUCAUCGUCUUCCACUGCGAGUUCUCCUCGGAGCGGGCCCCUCGCAUGUGCCGCUUUGUCCGGGAGCGAGACCGGCUGGGCAACGAAUACCCCAUCCUGCACUAUCCCGAGCUCUACGUCCUGAAAGGGGGCUAUCGGGACUUCUUUCUGAAGUGCAAGGGCUACUGCGAGCCCCAGGGCUACCGGCCCAUGCACCACGAAGACUUCAAGGAAGACCUGCGCAAGUUCCGCACCAAGAGCCGCACCUGGGCCGGCGAGAAGAGCAAGCGGGAGCAUUACAGCCGCCUGAAGAAGCUCUGAGGGAUCCCUCCUGGGGCGGGCGGGUGGACGGACGGACAAGCCCCACUGCCCUUCCUGCCCAAAGGGAGAAAUGGACGAGGGAGCCGCUUGGGGCCCUUCGGCCACUCUUUUUGUAGGACAGACUCAUCCCGCGCGGCCUUUGUUGUCUUCUGAAUCCUAUUGCGCAAGGAAGGCCCCCUGGACGAGAGAGCCUAGGCCAGGCUUGGACUCUGCGCAUCUGCCUCCCAGCCAUACUCGUUGCACCUUCCAAACGAGGUCUAUCUGCAAAGUAGGAGCAGAAUGGGGAGAGGGAUAUUGGUUAGGAGAUUUUACUGUGGAAUUUUAAAGGUGCCUUUUUAGAAAACAUUAGGACAAUAACACGAGGCGACGUUAUCUCUGUGGCUGGAGCCGAGGUCGUUUCGGCUCAUGGAGUUGCUGCCCUUCUCCGCUUUGUUUUUAUUGUCUUACUUGUGUGAGAAAGACACCCCUGAGUGUGUCGAGCGAAGGAAGAGGAGGACGUUUCCCUCGCUACCCAACUCCUUUCUCACAGGAAGCCAGCUAUCGAAAACUCAAAGCUUUGCCAGGUUGGGUUUUAUCUGAUUUUAAUGAUGUAUUCACUCAGCCUCCUCUAUAAAACAGGCAUGGGCAAACUAAGGGCCUUUCCACACAGCCCUGUAUCCCAGAAUAUCCAGGCAGAAUAAUAUCUUCUUUGAGGUGGGUUAUCUGAAUUCACACUCCGAUAAUGUGGGAUUUUUCUGCCUUGAUAUUCUGGGAUAUAGGGCUGUAUGGAAAGGCUCGGGGUGGAUCCGACCUACGGAGUGCUUACCUCAGGCCCUCGUUUACUCGAUCCUUUUGGCAUAAGUACAUGGCAACCAACAGCAGCUGAAAGCACUCUCUGCCACCACGUGUCUCCCCUCCUCCUGGCACAAAGACGGUGUGAGCGGCCCAUCCUUAAGCCGGGAGGAUAGCUCAAGGAAGGCAUGUGGCGGCUGAGAGCCCACCGGAGCACUCUCGGCCACCACGUGUCUCCCCUCCUCCUGGCACAAAGACAUUGCGAGCGGCCCAUCUUUAUGCCAAGAGGACAGCUCAAGGAAAGCACGUGGCGGCUGAGAGUUCACCGGAGCACUCGGCCACCAUGUGUCUCGUCCUCCUUGCACAAAGGCGGCGCAAGCGGCCCAUCCUUAUGCCGGGAGGACAGCUCAAGAAAGGCACGUGGUGGCUGAGAGCUCACCGGAGCACUCUCAGCCUCUGCCUGUCUCGUCGUCCUCCUGGUACAAAAGACGGUGCGAGCAGCCCAUCCUUAUGCUGGGAGGACAGCUCAAGAAAGGCACAUGGCGGCUGAGAGCCCACCGGAGCACUCCCAGCCACCAUGUGUCUCGUCCUCCUCCUAGCACAAAGACGCCGUGAGCGGCCCAUCUUUAUGCCACGAGGACAGCUCAAGAAAGGCACGUGGUGGCUGAGAGCCCACCGGAGGACUCUCAUUCUCUGCCUGUCUCGCCCUCCUUCUGGCACAAAGACGAUGCGAGCAGACCAUCCUUAUGCCAGGAGGACAGCUCAAGGAAGGCAUGUGGCAGCUGAGAGCCCACCAGAGCACUCUAAGCCUCUGCCUGUCUCGUCAUCCUCCUGGUACGUAAAACAGCAUGAGCGGCCCAUCCUUAUGCCGGGAGGACAUCUCAAGGAAGGCACGUAGCGGCUGAGAGCCCACCAGAGCACUCUCUGCCACCACGUGUCUUGCCCUCCUCCUGGCACAAAGACAGCAUGAGCAGCCCAUCCUUAUACCAGGAGGACAGCUCAAGAAAGCACAUGGUGGCUGAGAGCCCAC